UUAGUUCAAUCAGUUAGCAAAUUGUAUCAUUCUAGUGCCGACUAUGGCACAUACUUACACUGCCAUUAUCGCUUCCCGGAUGAUGCCACUAAUGCUAUUUACUUGUUAGAUAGACAGCCCUUCCUCGAUGGACACCCCCAUGUGCUGCGCUCAUUCAAGCAACCUCCCCCGCCGGGUACAGAACCGAUCGCUCUUGCGUCCCUUCUUCCUUCUGCGGAAAGGGUUUCCCCACUCCCCAUUAUCCAUCCACCAACACCAACCCUGGUUUCGCGAUCAAACACGUCACCCCCACCACCUCAAAUUGUGCACCCCACGGGUGCGUUCUCUGCAGUAACAUCUUCCGAGCCUGUCUCAGCACCGACCAUGGGACCGAUCCCUGUGGCCCAACCCUUGCUUAAUACCGCCGUUCCAGGCCCUGUUCAAGACAAUCUGACUUCGGCAUACAAUCCCUCUCACCCUCUCCAAUUGCCGCUGUUAAGUCCCCUUCCCCAGCGCCCCAUGCCCGCCUACCCGCCACUGCCCCCUCCCCUCUUACCAACGGGUUAUGUCCAACCCCCGCGAAUAUCAUUAUUCAUGGGCGAUUCAACCAAAGGGCAUGGAGUGGACUUUGAUACCUGGAAGUUUGAAGUGGAGUCACUCCUUCGUGACGCCACAUACUCUGAACGAGUACUUGCCCCAUAUGUCCGACAGUCCAUUCGUGGGGAGCCCAGUCGGCUUAUUCAGACACUUGGCCCCCAUGCCUCAAUCCCCCAACUCAUUCAUGAACUUGAAGCCAGCUAUGGCACAGUCCAAGAUGGACCGGCUCUCCUUCAAAAAGCCUACAAUAGCCAGCAGGAGGACCAGGAGUCUGCAGCAGCCUUUGGCAGACGCUUGAAGCUCCUGGUUUUUGAUUCGUGUCGCCGGGGUGGAUUACCCCAAUCCUCUAUGGACACUGUCCUCCGUCAAAUCUACUGGCGGGGACUGCGCGACCCUGACGUCCGAAAUGCCUGCCGCCAUCUUAAAGACACUGUCGCCGAUUUUGAUCAUUUAGUUCGCCUUGUUCGUAAGGGCGAACAAGAAGCCCAGUCAAUUUCACGACGGCCCUUGAAAGUACAACGCCCCCCACAACAGCCUGCCUCUGUCUCAUCCACUUCGGACCAGCCAUUUUCCGAGGCACUUUCCAGCAUCAACUCCACUCUGGCUGAACUCAAAGUCGCCCUUCACCCCCCUCACACUCCCUCACCCCAACCUUCUUCUCAGAAGCCCGGUACUGCCCAACCCCCUGUGCGUCAACAACCUGUUGAAUGUUUUCGGUGUGGCGAGCAGGGCCAUAUCUCCAAAGGUUGUCGCAACCCUGCCAAACCAAAGACGAGUGGCACCACCCACCAAACACAGUUAAACAGUCCUCUGCCUCCACAGAGGGGAAUGUGGCAGGCAGCAACACCAAGUCCCCGCAUGACAUCAUCCACCCAAACAGUGUAAUCCAUAGACUUGUCGGUAGU